AUGGCCAAGAUGUUGGACAAAUGGUCGGCAAAGUCCUAUGAAGGCAAUGUGGAAAUUGAAGUAUCAGAAUGUUUUGAAACUUUGGCAGAAGAAAUCAUCACGCGUACAGCCUUUGGGAGCAGCUAUGAAGAUGGAAGAGCAAUUUUCGAAUUACAAGCACAACAAAUGGUUUAUGCCACCGAGGCAUUUCAGAAAGUCUUCAUCCCCGGUUAUAGGUUUUUACCGACCAAAAAGAACAGAAAUUCUUGGAGAUUGGAAACAGGUAUUAGAAAAUCUUUGUUGAAGCUCAUCAAUCAAAGGAUUAAAAAGUACUCAAGCAACAUGGUGGUGUCAGACGAAUGUCCAAAUGAUUUAUUAGAACUCAUGAUCAAAGCGAGCUUAACGGGAACAAACCAAACAAGUCCUCCCAUCACCGUUCAUGAUAUUGUUGAAGAAUGCAAGACCUUCUUCUUCGCCGGAAAACACACGACGGCGAAUCUGCUAACCUGGACCACCGUUCUCCUAGCAAUGCACCCUCGAUGGCAAGAACUGGCACGUGAGGAGGUUGUUAGGGUUUGUGGAGCACGUGAUAUCCCAAGUAAAGAUGAUGUUGGGAAGCUUAAGACGUUGGGAAUGAUACUGAAUGAAUCACUAAGGUUGUACCCUCCAGCCGUGGCAGCAAUUCGACGGACCAAAGUCGAUGCACAACUUGGAAGUCUGAAAAUCCCUCGUGGGACCGAACUCCUAAUUCCGAUCCUGGCCGUCCAUCAUGAUCCGGGACUGUGGGGCGACGACGUGACUGAAUUUAAUCCAGCACGAUUCGCUUAUGGUGUGGCCCACGCUGCGAAGUAUCCAAUGGCAUUCAUUCCAUUUGGGGUCGGGGCCCGCGGAUGCAUCGGGCAAAAUCUAGCAAUUUUGCAGGCGAAAUUAGCAAUUGCCAUGAUCUUGCAACGUUUCUCAUUUGAUCUUGCACCCACCUACCAACAUGCUCCUGCAGUUCUGAUGCUUCUUUAUCCACAAUAUGGUGCACCCAUCAUCUUCCAAAAAUUGUGA